UAAAACAGUAGGUACUCUCACAUUCUACCAUGAAAUUGACAUUUUUACUGUCGCAAUUAUUUCCGCUUUAUUCUGCAGUAUAAUUUUAAAUCGCCAAAGUUUAGUUCGUGAUUGAACUUGGUGCAGAUAAAGUCUAUAUGUAGUACCACUUUAGUUACCGCGAAAAAAAUCUUUUGGUUAGCCGCGCACCUUCAGCACACAUAAUAUAAUAAUAUGUAGAUAUUUAAUCGGUCUGGUCUAGCUAAUCAUACUUUAAAAUCUUAUUUGUUCAUUUUGUUUAAAGUGCUUAACGUUGACAGUAUAUUUUUAUUUAUACUCCUCGCUUUCGUACAAUUUUACUGCGCGCACAGAGUCGGAGAUUGUGAAGGUUUUUUUUUGUUAUUAGACAGAUCAUCUCAGAUUAAGGACGUGGAGGAAGCAUGACAUAAAUACAAAGUUAAAAACUGCAAUUUACUACAACUUCAUCGAUUUAAAUUGAGUACGUAUUUACGCGUGUGCUAAACAUCAUGAGUCCUAGAAAGUACACCGUUGAAGAUGAGACAAAAAAAGAAGGAUGCUUCCUUGGAGUGCGACAUUUGCAAAUUGUCCUUAUCUCUUGCAUGGCCGGAAUAUGUUUUGGGAAAAAUGUUAAUUUUUCAGUUGCGAUAGUUGCUAUGACAAAUACAAAUGCAAACUCUGAUAUUCCGACGUACAAUUGGACCGACACAAACUUAUUAAUAUCAUCAUAUUAUUGGGUAACAUUCCCGUUUCAAAUAGCUGCUGGUAUCGCAUCGGAAAAAUACGGAUCCAAGUGGCUCUUAGCGAUUGCUGCCUUUAUUUCAUCCACUUUUACAGCAGCUUUGCCUUUAAUGGCGCAAUUCGGCUCCUGGGGAGUUAUGAUAUGUAGAAUAGUACAAGGAGCCACUCAGGCGAUGGUUUUUCCAUCUGCGUUUAAUCUUGUAGCCAAAUGGGCGCCAGUACCAGAAAGAACGAGACUGUGCAGUAUAAUGUUUACUGGAAGUAGCGUUGGUACUAUAAUUUCAAUGUCCCUCAGUGGUUUUAUUUGUGCCAGUACCAUGGGAUGGCCGUUGGUAUUUUACGUAUCUGGGGCUGUUGGAUAUACCUGGUUAAUUUUCUGGUUAAUGUUUGGCUCCAAUUGCCCUCAGGACCAUCCUUGGAUAUCUGACAAGGAAAAGGAAUACAUCUUGUCUACUCAAGGCACCAACGUACCAGUAAAGGUAAUUAUUAUAGUAACAUUAUUAAUAAUCGCGCUUAGGCGUUUAGACGUAACUGAGGGUGUUUUUGGUCCGGCUGCAGCUCUUAUAAUUCUGGCUGCUUUUGGCAAAGAGGCAACAGCCACUAUGAUAAUACUCCUGUUAGUAAUAGCAGUUGGAGUUAAUUCAGCAAUAACAUCCGGAUUCAUGAUGAACAAUACCGACAUUGCACCGAAUUAUGCAGCUACUGUGAAUGCACUGACCAACGGUGGCUCGAUUAUAUUUUCCAUUGUAGGACCGAUCGCAGUUCACCUCGUGGUUACAGACACCACAAAUAUCUACCAAUGGGGUUUAAUAUUCUAUAUAACUGCAGCUUUUUACCUAGUAGCCGGGGUUUUUUACCUCGUAUUUGGUUCAGCAGAGGUGCAAGCGUGGAAUUCUGGUGGUACAAAGAAAGAAUUACCUGCACCGUAGUAUUAUUUAGGUUGUUUUUUGAUAAUAAAAUAUAGUGAUAAAAAGUAUUCGUUUUUAAAAUUCAAUUGUUUUGUAACAAACAAUGUGCGACCGUUCUUAUUAUUUAUUUUUAUUUGUGUAUUAUAAUAUGCAAUUGAAUAAAAUACAUAUUUUUAUUUU